CCCGUAUGUGUGCUGAUGUCAUCGAGAUCAUGUGAUUGGGCCAGACCGGAGCCGUCGGGUAGCCCAGGAAGCUGGCGUAGCAGGGAGAGCCAGGACAGGAGCGCGUCCACCUGAUAUGACUGUGCGGCUGCCGUGAGUGUCCGCCCCGCUCUCCGAUUUCCAGGUUACGUUAUCACAGAGCUCUGCUUCCUGGACUGCCAUUCCCAAAUACAUUAGACUUAUCUGCUGAUAUUCAGACAUGGCUAACCGAGGAGGAGCCACCAGACCCAACGGACCAAAUGCCGGGAAUAAAAUCUGUCAGUUCAAGCUCGUUCUCCUAGGAGAGUCUGCUGUGGGAAAGUCCAGCUUAGUGCUACGCUUCGUAAAGGGACAGUUUCAUGAGUUCCAAGAAAGCACGAUCGGAGCUGCAUUUCUUACCCAGACUGUCUGUCUUGAUGACACAACAGUAAAAUUUGAAAUCUGGGACACAGCUGGUCAGGAGCGAUACCACAGCCUAGCGCCGAUGUACUACAGAGGAGCCCAAGCUGCUAUAGUUGUAUAUGAUAUCACAAAUGAGGAAUCCUUUGCAAGGGCAAAGAACUGGGUAAAAGAACUUCAGAGACAAGCAAGCCCCAACAUUGUGAUAGCCCUGUCUGGUAACAAAGCAGAUCUGGCUUCCAAGCGAGCUGUGGACUUCCAGGAGGCUCAGGCUUAUGCAGAUGACAACAGCUUGCUGUUUAUGGAGACUUCUGCCAAAACAUCAGCAAAUGUGAAUGAAAUAUUCAUGGCAAUAGCCAAAAAGCUUCCCAAGACGGAACCACAGACCGGCGGAGGCAAUACUGUCAGAGGACGGGGCGUAGACCUUACUGAAAGCGCACAACCUAGCAAAAGUCAAUGCUGUAGUAACUAAGCCUUCUUGUACUUUUAAAACUAUUGAUAUUCUCUUGCUUCCUAAUUGUUAAAAUAACAAUUGAGUGUUUAACCCUUUUUCAGCCUCGGUGCCGAGACCUUCAGCGCAAUGCGUUAGAAGUCCCUCUAAACCCAUCCCCCCCACCCCACCCCCUCGGGCAAUAGAUUCGAUAAUGUGGCCCAGUGAAACUUUACACAGCAGAAGAGACUUGCAGUGUCGUCUCACCCCGAGUUCUUUAAGUGCUGAAUCUGGUUUUUUUAACAUGCAUGCAUUAAUUUCUAAAAGCAGGUGUAAUGUCGUCUUGUAGCAGAUACACUUGGAACAUUAAAGAGAAACCUGUCGCCAAAUGUUAGCAAUUGAAAUCCUAACUUUUACCAGUAAUUAUUUCCGCAUCUGACUAAUUCAUUCUGAUGAUCAUUAUCCCUUAGGGGGGAACAUUUUAAUGGUUUGUUCUAAAGAAUUGAUUUUUAAUAUGAGUAAAAGUAUAAUAAGAAAUGGGUUCAGCGUCUUCACAGUAUUCAUUGAAAACCGCCUUCCUCUGCUUAAAAUGUACAUUCCGCUUCUUACUGCAUAACUUAUCAGCCACUAAUUGUUCUGCUUCUUACACAGGCAAAUGGGAAGUAUGAUACUGGUUUAUUAUCUCUUUGGGGAAUAGUUUUCUGUUUUAUUUCGAGAGCAACUCCUUAAAAUCAUGCUAAAAAAUUGUCAGCUAUUAUUCAUUCAAAGGUGAUUCAUUUGAGAUGUACUUUUCUUUUCCCUUCGCGGAACACAGAACACUCUCUAGUAUUGGUUCAUUCUGCUUUUAUGGGGUUUAUUUUGUUUUGUCUUUGCCCAAUACAAAUACAAUGUUCUAACAAUUAUGUGUACUCCAUUUAGUUAUCUUAAAAUUGGAUGGUAAACUUGUAUUGUAAAUAGGGUACUGGAUUGUAGUCUUCAUUUAUGUUUAAUAUGUUCUGUUACUUGUAAGAUUUGGUUAAAAUUGUACAGUUACUAAAAUGAUGAAAUAAAAAGCUAAUGUUUUUUUCCUCUA